UACUGGGAACCCAUUCUUGAGCUGAUUAACAAUUGCCAGCAGGGCAGAAGCGCACGUGUUUUGCAGGGGAAUCCAAUUUUACUGGGAACCCAUUCUUGAGCUGAUUAACAAUUGCCAGCAGGGCAGAAGCGCACGUGUCUUGCCAGGGAACCCAUUUUGAGCCGGAAAAAAUUUGCCAGCAGGGCAGAAGCGCACGUGCUUUGCAGGGGAAACCCAUGUUUUUUUAAUGAAAUAAAUAGGCCCGCAUAGACAGACCGGGGAGAGUGUGUGAUAGGUUUCGUCGGGAUACCUAUUGUUUUCUCGGGAGCGCGCUUGGACAUCCUACCCGGUGAGCCAAGAAAGACUUUUACGAACGAUUUUACGAGCUAUAGUGUGUGGCGUAGUAUUUCCAGGGGGUAUUCCCAAGUGGUGACCUUAUUUUUUUUAGAAGGUUUGUGUUGUGUUAUUAAUUAUAAAGUUACCACCCAUUAUGAAUCCGACCAAUAAUGAGAUUCACCGUUCUGGUGGGGACAACCUAGCGCUACAGGGGAUUACGGUGGUGAAACCUAGUUCACCCACCAACUCUAAUUCAACUACCUAUAUGGACCAAAUCAACGCAACACCACCUUUAGCGCGUAUAAUAGCAUCGAGUUUGUCCGGGGGCUGCACGAAUGUGGUCUGAUGAUCCUUAGACCUCCAGAAUGGACCAUAUGAAAAAAUCUAUUGGGUUGAAGUCGGGGGAAUAUGGUGGCGAUUGUUGUGCAGAAAUGAAUCUGGGAACCUUUUGGGAAUUGUCAACUGGCCCAAAGAAGCAAAGCAUCGUUCAGAAUAUUUCACGGAUUAAUGGAUCAAUAAGCGCAAAGUGCCAGCAUCAAAAUGAAUAAAUACGUAAAACUAUUCUUUCAUAGAAUCCUGAAGGAUUUCAAGCAACGCGAACUGCUGCCAUUAAAACUGCUGUUUUUCAUGCACUCGUCCACCAUACUCGUUUUAUACCCCUAUUUGACGAUUCAUAUGAGAGAACUUGGUAUAAAUGUUGAGGAAACUGCAAUAAUGUCGGCUGUUACACCCGCAGUCGCAAUUUUGAUGCCUCCUCUGGCUGGAAUGAUUGCUGAUAAAAUCGGGAAUUUCCGGGUGCUACUGGCCUUUUUCUCCAUUACGGGUGGAGCUUCCGCGUUGCUUUUGCUACUGGUUCCAGUGGGAAGAAUCACAAUAACCUUUCCGACUGAUGUGAUAUUUGGCAUGUCGUGCUUACCGAGCCACCCUUUGAUGUUGACUGUGAACCAAGACUACCCUUGCAACCCCGUCAAUUCAAAAAAUAAUCUUCUUGACGCUGAACUCAGAUUAAGAUCAUGUGGAUACGCUUGCCAGGCCAUUUUGAAUGAAAAUUAUUCUAGUGAAGUACUGAAAACUAGAAUGUAUGAAAUCCAGAUGCUGGAUGUGGAAAACAACUCGACGCUCACAUACACUUAUACUUUGGAUGCAGUUGAUGUGCACGAGCCGCAGCUUAUUUCCAACACCAGAAACUCGAAAACGUUGAAGCACAAUGAAAGAUACGAAACGUCGAUAAGGAAGAUAUCGAAAAACUCCAUCUUCUUUCCCGCUCACUCGCUCUUUAACUUCUCAUGUGAUAUCGGUGGAGAGGAGAAGGUGUCUUGCAUGAUGGGCUAUGGUGAUCACUUUAAAAGUUUCGUUAGCAUGGGCCCUCAAUUUAAAGCAAACUUAUCGCAACAGGUGUUAACUGAUGACGAUUUAGAGGAACAUCGCCGAACCUUUUUAUUCGACAGCAUCGAAAGCAAACAGAAUAUCCAGUGCCUAGAGAAUGAAUCGUUGAAGAAUAAACACAUUACCAUUACAAUUCCCAUUAACAACACAGAAUCAAAAGUGCAGCAUUUAGAUCUGGGAAGUUGUCAGAGAAAGUGUCUUCUAACCAGCCCUAGGAGACAGAUCUGUUCAAACCAAAAAACUGUCGUCGAAAUGGACAUGCAGUUAACAUUUUGGUCAUAUUUAGCCAUUCGAGUGUUUAUAGGCAUAGUGAGCGGUACUUCGUUUGCAAUGUUUGAGGGCGCCGUUAUAGCCAUUCUUCGGGAACAUAAAGCUGAUUAUGGGUUACAAAGAAUUUAUGCCACCAUUGGUGGAAUGAUCAGCUCCCCACUCUCUGGAUGGAUGAUUGACUUUGCAAGCAAAGGCAAGGGCUACACAGAUUUUCGACCAAUCUUCUUCCUUUACGCCAGUCUUAAGUUAGUGAGUGGACUCUUGAUGCUGUUCAUCAAUUUGGAAUUUAAAAAAGCAGCUUCCAGCGUGGUCACCGAUGUCAUUCAAGUACUUAAGAAACUAGAACUGAUUGCCCUGUUUAUUUCCUGCCUAAUUCUUGGUUGCGCUUGGGGGUUCAUAGAAAGCUUCCUCUUUUGGCUACUAGAAGAUCUGGGCGCCUCCAAAUCGUUAAUGGGACUAACCAUCACAGUAGGAGGCAUUGUGGGCAUUCCUCUCCUGGUACUUUCAGGCCCCAUAAUCAAGAAGUUGGGCCAUGCCAAUGUUAUAUUCAUAGGGUUUGUUUUCUACGCCGUUCGGCUAGUUGGGUAUUCGUUAAUCUACGACCCCUGGUUGUGUCUGAUCUUUGAAGCCAUGGAGAGCAUCACUUUUGGGCUCAGUUUUACUGCUGCAGUUACUUAUGCGGCGCGAUUAUCCACUGUUACCACAGAUACCAGCAUCCAAGGGAUGCUUGGAGGAAUCUACUAUGGAGUGGGAAAGGGAAUCGGAAGCUUAAUUGGUGGAUACCUGAUAAAACCAAUAGGAAUCAGACAUACAUUCCAACUGUUCUCCAUCGUUAUUUUAAUAAUUGGACUGAUGUACUUUGCUUUUUACCAUUUCUACAUGAAGCAACGACCUUCUGAGGGAACAGACAUUACCAAAAAGGACUCUGUUCCUUCUCCAGAUGGUUUUGCAGAUAUCAACUUGAAAGAUGAAUCUGCUUUAAAAUCCGACAUACAUGAACUACCCGCAGCGGUUUAUGAAGACGCGAUGUGCAAUCCUGCAUACGAAGCUACAGAGGACGAUAUUGCAAAGGACGACGACGAAAGUAAAACUGCAAACGGAAAACUAGGAAUCUAGAAUUAUUCACUCAUUUCACUUCAUUCAGCUAGCGUUAAAGUGGCUUUAUGUUCCUAUUUCUCGAGAAACAACUACAUUCUUGUAAAAGACCUAUUAUGCAUUUAACUGAAGCAGAGUAUUUUAGAUAUAUUUUAUUGUUUUGAUUUUAAUGUUGACUAUUUUCCUGUUAUUAGUACAUAGUUUAUCUACCGCGCAAGUGGAAGUUUCAAAAAUGAUUAUUCUAUAUAGAACGUUAUAAUAAUAAUAACGUGUUAAUAUAAACGUAAUUUAUUUUCCUCUUUUAAGGACUGAGGCUUGUAUUUACAAUAGUUGAAACAUGCUUUGCCGUUCAUUUUUACUGAAAUGAAUAUUCAAAGCUAAGAUUCAAAUGACAACCUCAAGAUUAAAUUCCAUCUGUGAUAUGAAUAAAAUAAAAGUACCCUAGAAUUGA